AUUGUCCAUUAGACAUCACAGGGCCAAAAAAACCUCAUUGCAUUAGCAAAACGACACCGCAUUGUCGGUUUAUUGACAACCAGUUGGCAUGGAAACAAACCCCAGCGACUUUUGGUCGAUGCGUGUUUUACCUCCAGACAGAAGCAAUCAGAUUGAUUGGACUAUAGCGGUUAACAUCCUGAGUACUGCCAGUGUAGAUAACAGGAGACUCCUCUGACAUGGCGACGUUGGCGUUUACUGCCGUACUCUUAAGCCUUGCCUGCCUCGCUGAAGAAGUUAAAGGGAUGGAUUGCACAAUCAUGCAGGAGCCGGAUGCAGACUCAGAUUUCAAGUACCGAUGGGUGAUUCCUGUACGAGACCCAUGCCUCUGCACCAAGGUGUGGUUGGGUGGGAUGUCAAGUCAUACACCAAUCAGACCAUUCAAGGUGGAAUACCGUGACACCUUCCUUCAUAGUGGGGACAUCGAAGAGGUCCAGAACUGGCUGAAUUGCUCCUGCUCAUUCUUCGCGCCGCCCACUAACCCAUCUAGGUUCACCUUCAUCUUACGCCCUCUGUCGAUGCCUUUCCGUUUGAACUUCAAGCUGAAAUCUGCUCGCGAGCCCUUCGUAGCUCUGGCAGAGGGCGAAACGGAGGACUCAAUCUUUGCUGAAAUAAAUAUCGGCGGCUGGGGGAAUUCCAAAUCUGUCAUCAGACCUUGUCAAUCAGAUACAGGCGGUGCUUGUGACGUGGUACAGGUGGCGCACAAUGAGCAACAUAUCGUCACUGACAUGGAAUACCGCCCCUUCUGGAUCGACUACAAAGGGGGCGUGGUCAAGGUCGGUAAAGGCGGACAGGAGGAGGCUUUCUUGGAGUGGGACGCCGGUGCACAUUACAAUCGGGUGCCGACCCAUGUGCGCGUUGGCAUAGCGUCCUGGCACAUCGCUCCCUCAUACUUCAAGUUCUUUCAAUACUGUUAAAAACAUUGAAAGAGACUUUGGCAAGAACGUGUUCACCACCAAAUGAAAUAAGUUGGAAGGAUAUAAAAUCAUUAAAGAGUAGAAUAGAAACGUUCACACAACUAUGGCUUAAAUUUUGAUUUCGUUUCAUUUUGGCACUCAAAAGUUGAGCCUAUGGUUUACUUGUAAUUGUUUCUGUUCAACAGAAAAUGCCUCAAACGUGUGCGCUGGGACCGCCAUGUGAUUAAGCGUGAAACUGGCGUGGGACCUGAUAUCAAACAGUGAAUUGUCAUUUAUGUAAUAUGCAUUUUAUACGGUCUCGUUAUUACAUAUUUUUUCGAAAUACGAUGGCUUUAUUUACUGCUUGAAAUACGUCUAAACAAGGCAAAAGUCGCUGCCAGUGUCACUUGUAAACCAAAGUGGUUUUUAAUAUUUUGUGUGUGUAGAUGUCGGACAUUAUGUGAAUUGUCUGUGACACAGACCUCCUUUGAAAUAUGGAUAUGGCAGACUAUAAAAUUAUGAAACACUUUUAAAAGAAAUGCCAUCUACAGGCAAACGAUUUCUAUUUUACCUUUCACUGGAAUACAAAGCUCAUCCGUAAAUAAUCUUUUUAAUAUGAGAUAGCGGCAAGGAGAUUAGGCAGCAGUAGUAUUUGAAAGAAUGACAA